CGCAAUGUUGUAUCCGCCCCCUUCUACACCAAGCGAGGAAGGGGGCGUUGUUUCUCGUUGGGUUCUAAGUUUGCAGAGCUCUCCUUUUUCUCCUACAUUUCAAUCGACCGUUUUUGCCGGCAUUGCCCGAUCCACGCCGGCGAAAUCUCCGGAGGGAUGACGAUGAGGCGGGUGGCGGCAUCGCUGGUGCCGCCGUGGCUCGAACCCCUUCUCACGACCCCCUUCUUUUCAAUUUGCUCAGCCCAUGUGGAAGCCGCCCGCAACGAACGCAACAUGUUCUGCCUCGACUGUGGCGGCGCUGAGUCCGGCGCAUUCUGCCUCUAUUGCCGAUCGGAGCUCCAUGCCGGCCAUCGUGUGAUUCAGAUACGGCGGUCGUCGUACCACGAUGUGGUUCGUGUGGCGGAGAUCCAGAAGGUUCUGGAUAUUGGCGGAGUGCAGACGUAUGUGAUCAACAGCGCCAGAGUGCUCUUCCUCAACGAGCGGCCCCAGCCACGUGCUAGCGGCAAGGGCGCCUCCCCCCACACGUGCGAGAUCUGCGCCCGAUCCCUCCUCGACCCCUUCCGCUUCUGCUCCCUAGGCUGCAAGUUGGUGGGAAUUAAGCGGAAUGGGGACGCGACCUUCGUGCCGCCGCCGGAUGAGGAAGACGACAAGCCAGCUGCCAGCGCCGCCGGAGGAGGCGGUCGGCGAUGGGAAGAUGCGGCGGAGGAAGAGCAGAACAAGACGGUUCGGUCACGCGACUUCCGCUCGGCCACGCUUCCUAACUCCCGGAGGCGAAAGGGCAUACCUCGCCGCGCCCCGUUCUCUUCGUAACAGAAUUUACCAAAAUACCCUUCUAUUUUCUCUCUCCAUCUCUAAUGCGCUUUGUCGACGGCGACGGCAAUGGCGGCAGGGGAAAAAAGAAAACAAACCAGCGAAGCAAAAGAGAUUAAAAAAAAAAAAAAAAGCUUACUUCCGGUAUACUGUAGUGGUGGUUCCGGAUUCGGAAUCCGUGAUUGCUGUGAGAAAUUUUUAUAAUGUGCCCUAAAAAUAAAGUUCGACUCAACACCCUGUUUUAAAUUUAUUUUAAAUAGCAGUGGUAAUAAAAGUUGGCACAAUUUAUUA